AUGUCUAGAAUAUUGAAUCAUCGGAUGAGAUUGUCUCUUAGGAAGCCAUCAUGGUCAUGUGUCGAUAAAAGAGCAGUGGCUUUUUCAGUAUGGACAGGACGCAGCGUUUUGCUACACAAGCCUUUAGACAGCUAUCAAAUACCCAGGAGAAAAUAUGGCAUGCUAAUUGCUCGGGCAGUCCGGGGAGUUUUAAAAAUCAGAUAUUUGCUUCUGGGAGGAGCUGUUGGUGGAGGAAUGACAUUAAAUAAGAAAUAUGCAGAAUGGAAGGAUGGCCUUCCUGAAAUGGGCUGGCUGAAUGAUUUACUACCAGAUAAUGAGCAGUGGGAGAAAUUUACCACUACACUGCUUGAUGCUAAGGGAAAAAUUGGAGACCAAUUACAAAUUGUAGGUGUGCCACUGACGCUGUCGAUAACCCCAGAUCCGAGGCUACGAGAAGCAGGGGCUGCAAGGGCAGCAGAACUUCGCGAUUGGCUCUCCCAACGAUAUGAGGACGCGGUGGCCGCUGCAGCUGUUAAUAACGCUACAAGUAGUAUUGAGCCUGCCCCAAAAAUUGUGAACAACUUACAAAGUCGACCAGCACCGAUGUCAGCGAAGCCAAAUACUGAUGAAAAAGAAGCUUAUGAGCGUCGUGUUCAUGCUUUACAAGAAGAAGUUCUCUCUUUACAAGCGCGCUAUCAACGCGAACUACAACGGUUAGAGCAGGAGAAUAGAGAGUUGCGACAACAAAAUAUGUUGCUGAGGCAAGGAAGACAGCCAUCUACUAAAAAGAUGAGGCGUUCCCUCAUCGACAUGUACUCCGCUGUACUAGACGAAUUAGCAGACUGGGACUCGGGGGAAGCAGGAAGGUUGCCCAGAGUUGUUGUUGUUGGAGACCAGUCAGCUGGAAAAACGUCGGUUUUGGAGAUGCUAGCACAAGCUAGAAUAUUUCCUAGAGGUGCUGGUGAAAUGUGUACCAGAGCCCCUGUAAAAGUGACACUGUCCGAAGGUCCAUACCACGUGGCCCAGUUUAACGACUCGUCUCGUGAAUUUGACCUUAAUAAGGAAUCUGAUCUAGCUGAUUUGCGCAAGGAGGUCGAACUGCGCAUGCGCAACAGUGUACGCGGUGGUCGUACUGUGUCAACUCAGCAGAUCGCGAUGUCUGUGAAGGGACCUGGCAUACCCCGUAUGGUGCUGGUCGACUUACCUGGUGUUAUAUCUACUCAAACUGUUGAUAUGGCUGCCGAUACAAGAGAAGCCAUCAAAGAAAUGACAAAACAGUACAUGGAUAAUCCAAACGCUAUCAUACUCUGUAUACAGGAUGGCUCAGUGGACGCCGAACGAAGCAAUGUAACCGAUCUAGUGUCGUCUUGCGAUCCUUCAGGCAAAAGGACUAUAUUUGUGCUGACUAAAGUGGAUCUUGCUGAGGAGAAUUUGGCAAAUCCAAAUAGAAUCCGACGAAUUUUAGAAGGUAAACUAUUCCCGAUGAAGGCGCUUGGGUAUUACGCGGUUGUGACAGGUCGCAGCAGAAAAGACGACUCGAUACAAAGCAUCCGGGAGUACGAAGAGCGAUUCUUCAGAUCCUCCAAACUUUUUAAGGAUGGCAUGGUCGCUGCAGGACAAGUGACAACUCGUAACUUAGCACUUGGUGUAGCAGAGUGUUUCUGGAGAAUGGUACGGGAUUCCGUCGAACAGCAAGCAGAUGCAUUCAAAGCAAUGCGUUUCAAUCUUGAGAGUGAGUGGAAGAAUACAUUCCCCAGGCAACGCGAACUAGAUCGCGAUGAACUAUUCGAACGCGCGCGCGCCGAACUGCUCGACAAGUCGGCAGAAUUGUCUGGCGUCCCGGCCGCUGCGUGGGAGGCCCGCCUUCAAAACGCACUUUGGGCAGCUGCUGCUCAGCGUAUCUUCGCUGGUAUAUAUUUGCCGGCUGCCGCAAAUGCGAGUGAUGAUGUUGACAAAUUCAACACAUCCGUGGAUAUAAAACUUCGGGAGUGGGCGGAGAAUGAACUUGCGACUCUCUCCAUCCAAGCUGGCAGGCAGGCCCUGCGCGAGGAGUUUAGCGAACUUAUGUCCAAGUCUUCUGACUCGGACGCCAUCUAUGAUCCAGUGAAGAAAGCGGCUGUGGAUGAAGCAUUGGCGAGACAUCAGUGGGAGGAAAGAGCACAGGACGUACUCCGUGUACUGCAAGUGAACGCUCUACAAGACCGUUGUGUCGCGUCACGCGCAGAAUGGGAUUCCGCCGUUUCGCUCAUGGAGGACGCCCUCAAGGAACGACUCAAAUUGACCGAAGAUGAAUUAAAAUCGCUCACAGGUCCCGGCUUCCGAGACCGGUGGCUCUACUGGCAGUCGAGUAACGAAGAACAGAACAGGCGAGCCGAAGUAAAGUCAGAGUUGGAACGUCUCGGUUCCAAUAGGCCCAGUCUGACUUAUGACGAGGUCGUGGCUGUUAGGGAUAACUUAAGGAGGCGAGGAGUCGAGGUCGACAAUGAGUACAUACGGCAGACGUGGAAACCAAUAUAUUUGAAGCAUUUCCUGAAUCGCGCACUGUCCCGAGCAAGAGAUUGUCGCAAGAGCUUUUACUUGUAUACGCAGCAAAAUGGCACAGGGAAGGAAUGCUGCGAGGUAGUCAUGUUUUGGAGAGUACAAAGUGCUUUGCGUACAACAGCGAACGCGUUGCGGCAACAGAUCGGCAAUAGGGAAGCGGGAAGGCUCGAUAGAGAAUUAAGAGAGGUCUUAGACGAGAUGUCAUCAGAUCCCGAAUUAAAGAAGAAAUUGCUAUCUGGUAGGAGAGUCGAACUAGCAGAAGAAUUAAAACGAGUGCGCCAAGUUCAAGAAAAACUGGAGGAGUUCAUAGAAGCAUUAAACAAAGAGAAAUAA